AUGGGGCCAGUGUCAACAUCCUUGGAAUAUAAAGACCGGACGACUCAAACUUUCGGCAGCGUGCCAAAUCCAUCUGGAGUUCCCCUGGCAGCGCAAGAAUUCACAGCUGUAUUUCAUCUGGAGAACACUUGUUUGAUGAGCUUAGCCAAUGCAAAGGCCGGCUGGCACCAAAGUCGUCACCACCUGGUUUAUGUUUCGUGCACUUACUCUCUAGCAACUCUCAAAAUGAUACCAUCACUUGACCACGAUCAUCCCGCGGCCGUUGUAGCGCCACUCCCUCCGAAUCCAAGUCACCAACAAGAACUUCAAGGCAUGAGCACCCGAGCGGAACGAUCUUCAAGAGUGUUUCCCGAGGAUGUCACGCUUGCACGCACGGACAAUGACCCAGUGACGAACCACUUUGCUAGGAGCACUAGCCAAAAGUUUGGGGUCAUUCUCAGCUGGAUGCGCGCGAUUCCGUACGUGGUGUCGUACGCAUACGGUGCCGUGUGCUCUACGUUUGGGCAGCUCCGUGCAAUUGCCGCCAACGAUAGAAGGAAGAUCAUCCAUGCAUUCAAGGUGGCGCUCGCGCUAAUUAUUACCGCUCUAUACACUCUUUUCAUCCACACCGAGGACUUUGUGGGACACAAUGGAAUCUGGGCGAUCAUGUCCGUGGUGGUGAUCUUUGAGUUUACAACUGGGGCAACUUACUGCAAAGGACUCAAUCGAGUGACUGGAACUUUCUUUGCCGGAGUUUUGGUACUUGGUAUCAGCCAAUUAGCUGAAAUUGGAGGCGCAGCAGGCUACAAAGCAGUUGCUUGCAUUGCCAUAUUUUUUGUUGGAGUGGUGGCAACGUUUCUGCGGUUUGUCCCCAAAAUGAAGGCCCGAUAUGACUAUGGACUUCUUGUUUUCCUUCUUACUUUCAGCUUGCUCAUGAUCUCUACAAACUCCAGCCUGCAUCCGGUUGAGAUUGCAUCGUCUCGAUUGUACAUGAUAACUGUUGGUUGUUCUGUCUCCCUUUUCACAACCACAUUUAUUUAUCCAAUCUGGGCUGGUGAUGAGCUUCAUGAACUGACCUCCAAAAACUUCUCCAAACUGGCUGAAUCGCUAGAAGAAACAGUGGAGAUGUAUUUUGAUCCGAAAGCUGAAGAAAAGCUUGUGACUGACGUAAGCGAUGCCACAUACAAAAAGUAUAAUUCUCUUUUCACGUCGAAGAGCCACGAGGACUCCCUUGCAAACUUUGCAACUUGGGAACCUCCACACGGCGACUUCAACAUAAAAUACCCGUGGGGACACUACAUAAAAGUUGGGACAGCUCUUAGACAUUGUUCCUACACAGCAAUGGCAUUGCAUGGCUGCCUCACAUCAAAGUCAAAAGCACCAAUAGAGCUGAGGCGGUGCUUCGAGAAGAAGAUUUACGCCGUCAGCAAAGAGAUCAACAAAGUAAUCACCGAAGUAGGCAACAAUCUCAAGAGGAUGCAGCAAAACAAGCCCGCAAGCCAGCUGCUUAGCGACGUUAAUCAGGCCGCAUUCGAGCUCCAGAGAUCCAUCCAGCGCCACUCAACCCUAUUCGUGAACAUCAGAUUGAGCGACACCAUCAUCAAAAGCAAGGCUCACAGGCUGCCCAUAGCCAUCGACACUGACAAUUUUAUUCCCUGGAGUGGACCCCUAACACCAUCAUCCCCCAUGGAGGAUCCUAUAUUCGAGUUUGACAAGAGAGACAGGAUCAUUGCCCACAGUGGGCCUCUCACUUGCACAUUCGACUACAACAUGGAAAGUGCCAAUAACUUCUCGCUUGCCACCUUUGUGUUCCUCCUCCUGGAAACCACGGCCAGGCUCAAACAUGUUGUGGACACGGUGGAGCAGCUGGGAAUCGCCGCCAAGUUUAGAGCCCAUUCCAAAGACGAGGAAUCCUGCCACCACACCAUUGACAUCCAAUAG